GAAAUGGUGUGAAUUUGAAAUAGUAAAUAUCUUUUUAAUAAUUGCAUAAAAAACUCUAACUAAAAUUAUUGCUUAAAAACAUAAGAAAAAUCAGUUUUAAGUAAUGCAUGCACGUAAGAAUUCAAAUUAAUUAAUUUUGGCUAAAAUAUAUUCGCAAUCCAUUGAAAAUGUGUGCGUGGAAGCGGUGCGCUGUAUCGAAAUGAGAAAAAGUGUGAUUUUUAAUAAAGAAAAUAAAUUUUUAAAAUAAAAAAUUUUUAAAAAAUAAUUUAUUAAAUUUAAAAUAAAAUAAUUUAUUUAAAAAAAAUAAUAAUUUCGAAAAAAAAAUUGUGAAUAAAUUGGCUUAAUAUUUGCUGUUGCUGUGAAAAGAAAAUUGUUUUCCAAAAAAAUGUUGCACAACAUGUUGCUAGCAUAACUACAGUGACAAACCAGCAACAAGUGGCAAGAUGCAUGCAGCAGGUAACCAAACUGACUUGAGCUUGAUAAAAAUAAUAUACAAAAAGCGUAAUAAACCAAUAAGUGCAUAGAAGAAUACAAUUUCGAAUGGGUGCAAUAUUUCUUAAACCAAGAAAAAAGCAUCAUUUUAUGUGUGUGUAAGUGGAAAUUAAGCAUAAGUGUCAUACAAACAAUGUCUGCCAACUUAAAGACAACAACAAUAAUAACAAAUAACGCCAAUACUACUGCCAGCAACAAUACAACCAACACCAAUAACAGCAACAACAACAAUAACACUAGCAACAGUAGUAACGCUAACGAAACUUUUAAAAGCAAUAAAUUAGUUCUAACAACAAAUAGCCACAGCAACAACAACAACAACAACAACAACACUGCCAUAAUAAAUACCUCCAGCACAUUUGUUACAACAAUAGAGGCAACUGCAGCCACCAACGUUGCGUCGUCGCCACCACAACUUUCACUCUUCGAUCAGCUUAAGAAUAGCGCAAAUCUCAAUAACAUUAAAUGCAGCAGCAACAGCAACAACAACAACAACAGUAGCGGAGGCGUUAGCAAACCUAAAGCAAAACAGAAUCUCACCGAUUGGCGUAGAUUGGCCGACGAUGAUAGCAGCAACAAUAGCGCGUCCAGCUGUAGUAGUGCCAGCAGCAGUAGCAGCAAUAAUAGCCUCAGUAAUGCCGUUGGUGUUGCAAGUAUUGGCUUGAAUGAGCGCACGUUUAUAGACACUUUUCAGCAGAAGUUUGUUGCCGCGGUUCUAGGCAACGCCAGCAAUAGCAAUAGCAGCAACGUGAGCAUUGCAAAGACAAUCAAAAAAGAAACGACGACCACAGUCACUGCCAAAUCGAACAAUGCAACAGCGUGUAGUAGCAGCAAUUGCAGUAGUGUUAGUGUAAGCAAAAUGCAUGGGAAAGAAUUGGAGAAGUCGCCAGCGACCGGUGAUAAACGAGAUGCGGAGGCAUGCAACAACAUUUUAGAUCUCACUUUACAACCCGCCGCCAAGCGUAAUAUGGGCACAAAAGCGCCGGCCAACAGAGCCAAGCCGGGUGAAAUAAAGGCAGCAGUCAGCAAUGCCACCACAGCAGCUCCAUUAUGUAAGAGCAGCGUAGACAAGCUGAACAGCAACACCUCCAUUAGCCCGUGUGGCAGCAACGCAGAUGCGCGUAGCGACAGCAAAUUGUCCGCAAACACCUACAAUGCCGUUAAUCAGGCUGGCAGCGUUGAGAGGGAAAGUGCCAGUAAGACUGGCAACAACAAAAGCAAUAGCAAUAGACUGAGUCACAGCAACGCUAAUUGCGUGUCAACAUUGCUGAACGCCAUGAGUCAACAACAGCAACAAAAGCAAAUAAAAUUCCCUAUGCCCACACUGCCACCACCCUCAUCGGCGCUGUGUCCAACAGCCGCUAAGUCUGCUGUCGAUAAUAAAAGCAACAAAAGCAAUAGCAAUACAACGCCAACCGUUGGCAGUGUUGGCAUAGUGCGCGGCACCAAGCGCACAGCUGCUGCAGCAGCAACAGAGACCGUUGAGCAUGCCUCCACUACAACAACAUUGAAUAACUUCACUACACCUGCCUCGGUGGCACCGCUAACGGCGCAUUACUUUGCGCUCAGCAAGCGUCAAAAGCAAGCCGCAACUGCUACAACAACAACAAUGAGCACUGCUGCACCUUAUUCCAACGGUUUACUAAGUGAACAACAACAAAAACAGUAUAUGGAAAAUUUACGCGCGCUUCUCGAUUCGGAUAAAUUAAGUUCGGUUUACGCGCGUCAUCAGAGCGGCAGCGAUCUCAAAGCUGUCGUCUAUUCGGCGCUGACGAGCGCUUUAUGCGGCGGCAAUAGUGCUACGGCCACAGCGGCCAGCAAGCUAUUGGCGGCCGCCAAUCAAGCAAAGAAGAAACGCAAGAAGAAACGCUGCACGGAUCGUUGUGAUUCAUCAGAAUCUUCCGACAGUGGCGUCGUGAUAUCACUUAGCAGCACAGACUCCAGUACUGGUUGCAGCGAAGAUGCUUCAGAGCCGGGAUCACCAUUUAGCCAGAACUCAAUAACAGGUGACGAACAGCACAGCAAUUCGCCCGCCAAGGCCAAUAAACGCAGCUUGGAAAAUCAUAGAAUCAUGCCACCACAAACUACAAUACUGGCUGGAGCGAAUAACAAUGCCAAUAGCGCACAAACUGCAAGUAGUAGUUCGAAUGGCGCAAACAGCGGAGCUAGCGGGUAUUCACAUACAGUUACAGGAACAAAUAGCAAUAACAGCAACAACACUGCCAAAUUAAAACAAAUUCAACAGCAACAACAACAAAAGAACAAUAACACUGCCACUGUCCGUAAUGGACUCCCUACUCUACAAUGGCCGUGGAACACACCAACAGCAAGCAGUAGUACCGCACACACCACAAACACAUCCGCAUCUAUGCAAAAUAGUAAGAAACGUGGUGCCGUUAGUGCGACCACGGCCGACAAUAGCUCAGGUAAAAAGGCACGAAGCACAGGUGCUGAUAGUACAACAAAUGGUGCAAUCGCGGUUGCAACUGGCAACGUGUCCGGAGCCAGUGCUGCAAAAAGACUGAAAGCGGCGGCAUUGGAAGAGUCGCAAACAAAAAUCACUGGUUACUUUAAGUCACAAAUGAAGUCUCAAAUUCAUCAAAAUAACAUAACAAAACGCAAUAUGGAAUCUGUACUGAUCGCAGCGUGUAGUUCAUCGGGCGCGGGUAUUAACACAACUUCGUUGACGAUGAGUGCGCCAGCCACCACAGCAUCGCUAAAUAAAUAUUUCAACAUUUUAGAACAAUUGAAAGAAAAUAGCCACAAUAAUAGCAGCGGCGCGAGCAGCAGUAGCAGCAGUAAUGUUAACAUGUCCAAGCCAACGCUAGUUGCUUCAUCCUCAUCAAUAAAUAGUAGUAUAAUUGCUGCGGCACCACCGACGCCGACCUCAAUCGCACCAGCCUCUUCCACAUAUGUUACACCAGCGUCCGGAACGGGUGGCGUCCUCGCAUUGACUUCCGCUACUGCAAUGCCGUCAAUGCCUGUGCCCGCUUUGAAGAAAAUCGAACGUAGUAAGCCGACCAAAAUUGCACAGGUCGCACCGAACUUACGGAAAACACCAUCCGCUUCGGGUAACUACAGUGGUGCCACAGGCAAAUCCCCAGCAAAGAAGCAUGUCGCCAUAGCGCCGAGAACGCCUGAAAUGAAACAGCAACAAUUGCAGCAGCAACAACAACAGGCGGCAGCGAAAGCAGAAGCAGCUGCAGCCAAACAGACAAGCGCAACGUCAGGCACACAACAGUCCCAAACUACAACGCAGGUGAAUGCAAAUCAGCCAGCAGUUCUCCUUACUGCGAUACGUUUGCCUACGCAAACUACAACUGCCUCAACACCGACUGCACCCGCGCAACUGAAACAAACUGUUUCGCCACCGAAAUUAGCGCCGGUUGCAACAGCCACUGCGACUACCACAACCGCCGCGCCUGCGACGGGGCAAACGCUUUAUCAACUGCCCGCGGUCCAACUGCCGAAUUUAGUACAAUUGCCUCAGCUGUUGGCUGCCACCAAUGGUGCUAAUAUAAUGCAGUUGAACAACGUGGCCACGUCAGCGAAAAACGCUAAUCCAACAGCGGCCGCCGCAGCAGCAACAUCGGCGCAAGCAGCACAGGCUGCAGCCGCACAAUAUUUCCUCAACGGUACCGUCUUCAAAUUGCAGCAAUUCACCACGGCGACUACAACGACGGCAACGUCUGCUGUUGCUGCCGCUAGUGCCGCUGCAACUGCGAAUCCAUUUAACUUGAUGACUGCCGCAGACCUGCAAGAAAUACUCAUUAAACAGCAGCAACAGCUACAACAACAACAGCAAUUGCAAUUGCAACAACAACAGAAGGCAGCUGCAGUAGCCGCAGCAGCAGCGGCAUCAGCCACAGCACAGGCUACCAACACGAGUUUCCAAGAGAUCUUCCAGCAGCAAAUCGCCGCUGCUAUUGCGGCAAAUCAACAGCAACAACAACAGCAGCAGCAAUUUCAACAGUUGCAACGUUUGGGAGCAGCAGCUGCACAACCGGUAUUCAUGGCCACUCCAGCCGGACUACUAUUGAACGCCGCUUCACUGCCGGCCAUGUUGGCACAAGCGGCGGCCGCUUUGGCCGUGAAUAACAAUCAGCAGCAGCAACAAAAACAAAUGCAAAUGCAGCAGCCUCAUCCGCAGCAGUUGCCGGCACUCCAGCCGAUCCAACCCAACGCACUGCCCGCGCUAAGUUCCAUUUUCGCUAGUGCAGCACAGCAGCAACAACAACAACAACAGCCGCAUUCCUCCCACGAUCAGCAUGCUGACUUCCAGCAGCAGCAGCAACAAUUGUUAGCAUUUUUGCAACAACAACAGCAGCAGCAGCCACAAUUUAUAACAACAAGUCAGCCACCACCGUUAUCGGCAGUGAAUUCGACUUCGCCGCAAACUGCAACUUCCGCGGCCACUUUAACGCCACUGCCAAUAAAUGCGUCUUCAGGCGCACCUCCUGCGAAUAACGCAAACACUGCCAAAUUGGCAAUAGUAAAAGCGACUACUGCCUCCACUCAGCCGCAACAGUUUGCGGCGCUCAAUUCGCAACCGCCGCCAUUGGUGACCAUUUCACACGGUAAAGCACGCGCUACGGCCAUAGCACCGGCAACUGUCACCAGCGCACCGUCUAACAGCAAUCCAGCGGUGAACAAGCCGGCCGCACUGGCUAAGCCAUAUCAGAAGCGCAUGCCAAAGGUCGCACCAGCGCCUGUGUCGGUAGCGCCAGCACCGAGCAAACCCGCACUGGCGAGCGCCAAAGCGAAAAUGUCCGCUGGCUGCAAAAUCAUUGCCACACCCACCACACCGCCGCCACUCGUGCCAGCGCUUAGCGGCAAUAACAAUAGUAGCGUUAGUACCAUUGUCUCCUCACCCACCAGUCGUAGUGCGCCAGUGGCUAAGCAACUGCUACCAACUAGUGGACUGCCUACGCCAGCGCUCAUAAGCAUUGCACCGGCACCGGCGACGAUAACAACAACAACCACUGCAGCAAUCAGUGCAGCGGCAGUACCGAGUGCCAUGAAAAUAACUUCGCUGCCACCGCUUGCACCCAAACUAACACCGGUCGCAACGUCGUUGACAACAACAACUGUAACGUCAGCGCCAGCUACAACAAAAGCGAUCGUUGCUGGCGCUGCCGUCACUGCAACACCAACAGCAUCAACAACCACAACAUCCACACCAGAUCUCUUCGAUUUAGUUAAGAAUUCGAAUGGCGCCAUCACCAUAACAACACCAUCCGCUAUUAGCAGCAGCAAUAACAACAAAUGUCACAACAACACUUUCAAUAAGUGCGCAUCGCUCCUGCCAUCAUUCUGCAACUCAUCGAUGUCCUCAUAUUCAUCGGCAUCAUCGCCAUCACUCUGCUCGUCAACGCACACCGUGUCCAGCGAUGGCUUUUGUUCGAAGAUCAAGGAGGAGCCAAUGGACGAAGUGGCCAAUGCGCCCUCCGCUAACACCUCGGACAGUGGCAUCAAAUCGGAGAGCUUCAACGCUUCUACGCAUAGUCAAAUGCUAUCGGCAGACAUUAAAGUCGAACUAAUGGAGGACACUACUAAAAUGUACCCCUCAGCCGGCACUAACAAUUCGACAAGCAUUGGCAACGGUAUCACGCACACGAAUGACUAUUCGUCGUAUUCCUUCAGCUCACACUCGAAUUCUGUCUCCUCGGCAGCUGAUCUGUCGCUAGAAGCAUCCACCCCACCGUCUCUCUCUUCACUGUCCGCCUCCUGUUCCUCCGCACCUUCGCCGGUACCUUCAUCAUCGGUGGGUGCAUCGCCGCGCAAUUCCCCGCCUCCAUUGCCGCCAACACAACCAUGCGAAUCGAAUUCAGCGUCCCUCAGCUCGGAAUCAUCCGCAUCGUGUGUAACGGCUGCCACUGGCAGGGAUAUGCUCAGCGAAAUGGUUACAUCGUCAUGCAUAUCAUCCAAUCUCGCAUCGGAAAUGUCAAAUUCGGCUGAUGGCUCAGCCACACAUGGCAAGUCAUUGACGUCCGGCCUCGAGGAUAUUGAGAAAGAUGUCAGUGCGGAUGAGGAGAGUAGCGAAAAGCGUGACUUACCCACCCCUGAGUCCGGUAUUGGUGGCAGUUUGACGGCCAGUGAAAGCAGCGAAUCCAUCGUUAGCACAAUCUCAAACAACAGCAGCAAAGCUGAAAUAAUUGCCAACAUCAUCAACUCAAUCGACUCGAAUUCACCACCACCCACGCCACUAUCAACGAUUAGCGCCAGCAGCACAGAGAGCGCCAGCCACAUUACCACUUGUAUGCGUAAUGCCAUCGCCGACAUCAAUUCCAACAGCAGCAAUGCAACAUCACCAGUCUCACCAGCAGCAACAACAAGCAGCGCUGAUUUAAACAUUAAUACUACCUCCAAUAGUGCCGUAUCCACGGCGCCGAGUUUGCCGAACAGCAUCGAUAACAGCAAUUCGAACAGCUGCACCAGCAGCAGCAGCAACAGCAGCGUCAGUGGCGAGCCACAAUCGACGUCCAGCAGCAACUGCUUCAACUCCACACCCACACUCAUCGACACCAAACUCGCAGAGGCCGCUAGCGAGGCGCUGCCGAAGUGCGCCAUCUCGCCUAUACUCUCGCAGCCGAAAACCAUACGUUUCCCCGCAGAGACAGGCGGUUUCCGUUAUGGUCCGAAAGGUGCCAAACGCCACGACGGCGUCUGCUAUUGGGAUAAAUGCAAUAAGAAGCAUGACAGCUGCUCGAAAUUAUUGGAUCACAUGCAGACGCUGCAUGUCAACACGCAAACGGGGCCAUUUUCUUGCCUAUGGGUCGGUUGCAAGGUGUACAAUAAGGAAUCGUGUUCGCGUCGCUGGCUGGAACGUCACGUGCUGUCACAUGGCGGCUCGAAGCAGUUCAAGUGCAUUGUGGAGGGUUGUGGCUUGCGUUUCGGUUCGCAGUUGGCUUUACAAAAACACGUAAACAAUCAUUUUACGGCCACCGAAAAUAAAGAGAGCUCCCACAAGCGUACCUCGGAUCCGCCAGUGCCCAAGCAGUUGCGCAAGAAUGGCAAGAAGUUGCGUUAUCGUCGUCAGCCGUUUUCAGCGCGUAUGUUCGACUUCUUUGAUUCGGGCAUAAUGGAGGGUCUUCAGCAUCGUCUGCGUCAAAUAAGUGUGCUUUCCAACAGCUGCAACAGCAUCACGUUCACUGGUCAAUGCAUGAUGCGACGCAAAACACGGCAAGGCAGUUACGAAAGCUUCGUGCGUUGGACACCGCGUGAAAUCAUUUCCGACGAGUGGGUGCCCGCUUGCGACGGUCCUUACACCAAAACAGUUAAUAUCAAGCGCAUGCGUCCCGCGGAGAAGCUAAAAGUGGAGAGUCUACUCAUGAACGCCUACAAAAUGCCAUAUUCGGCAAAUCUCUUCGACGACAUUAGCGAUGAAGACGAGGAUGAUGAUGAGGAGGCUUCCGAGGAUGGUGAUGAGGAUGAGGAUGAGAAUAAUGAUGGCGAUGACACCGAAUUGGCGACGCUGGUGGAAACGGUGCGCAGCUCACAGCAACAGAGCGUAAUCGCCAUUACACGCCUGCAAAUGCAACAACGUCGCAAACAUCCGCGUAAACCGUUGAAACGUGCCGCACAUGCUGUCGUGGAAAAGCCAUUGAACGUUUAACCAACUGCAGUUAUGCGCUGAGCAUGCACGCUGCGUGCUUAAGCUGCCGAAUGAUCUCCUACUAAGAAUUAGGCAAUGUUUGUGGCAAAUUCGAAAGUCUGCAAUAAUGUGUUAAGUGUUUUCAUUUGUUAACAACAACAAUAAUAACAAUAACAACAAGCGUUCAUACAUUAAUUGAGCAUAAAUAAUUAGUAUUUUUUUUGUUAAAAAAAUUAAAAAUUAAUUGUAAAAUUUAAACAAAGUUGUCGGCGCAUAUACAUACAUACAUAUGUCUAAGUAUAUAUAU